GCUCGCGAACCAAUAGGGCGCGGGAGCCGCCCCCUCCAGCCACGGGCCCGCGGUAGCGGAGGGCCCGAGAGCCGCGGCGGUAUGGCAGGUGGGGCCCGCGAGGUGCUCACGCUGCAGUUGGGCCAUUUCGCGGGUUUCGUGGGGGCGCACUGGUGGAACCAGCAGGAUGCUGCGCUGGGACGCACGUCCGAGGAUGAAGAGCCUCCAGGCGAGCUGUGCCCAGACGUCUUGUACAGAACCGGCCGGACGCUGCACGGCCAGGAAACCUAUACGCCUCGUCUCAUCCUUAUGGAUCUGAAAGGCAGUCUGAAUACCCUAAAAGAAGAGGGUAGCCUCUACAGGGACCGGCAGCUAGAGGCUGCAGUAGCAUGGCAGGGGAAGCUCACCACACACAGAGAAGAAGCCCACCCCAAGAACCACCUCCAGGACCUUCUGAGUGCAGAGGGAGUGCCGAGUAGUGAUGGUACCUGGAGGGCCAAACUGAUCCAGACUAUCCAGAAUGGUAAAGAGAACAGCAUCAGAGUCUGGUCAGACUUCCUCAGAGUCCAUCUCCAUCCACGGAGCAUCUGUGUGAUUCAGAAAUACAACCAUGACGGCGAGACAGGCCGGCUGGAGGCUUUUGGACAAGGGGAGAGUGUCCUGAAGGAGCCCAGGUACUUGGAAGAGCUGGAGGACAGGCUGCAUUUCUAUGUGGAAGAAUGUGACUACUUGCAGGGCUUCCAGCUCCUGUGUGACCUACAUGAUGGCUUCUCUGGAGUAGGUGCUAAAACUGCAGAGUUACUACAAGACGAGUAUUCAGGGCGGGGAGUACUAACCUGGGGCUUGCUCCCUGGUCCCUAUAAUCUUGGGGAGCCCCAGAAAAAUAUCUAUCGUCUCUUAAACACAGCAUUUGGUCUGGUGCACCUGACUGGGUACAGCUCUUUCGUCUGUCCCUUAUCCCUUGGAGGGAACCUGGGCCUGCGACCCAAGCCACCUGUCAACUUCCCUUACCUACAUUAUGAUGCCACUCUGCCCUUCCACUGUAGCGCCAUCCUGGCUACAGCCCUGGACACAGUUACUGUUCCCUAUCGCCUACGUUCCUCAACGGUUACGAUGGCUCACUUGGCUGAUGUGCUAAGUUUCUCUGGGAAAAAGGUGGUAACAGCAGAAGCAAUCAUCCCCUUCCCACUGGUUCAAGACCAAUCCCUUCCUGACAUCCUGAUGCAGCUUGGAGAAGCCACCCCAUGGACAUCCCUGUCUGCAUGUGGGGAUUCUGCUGGACACCGGUGCUUUGCCCAGUCUGUGGUGCUCAGGGGCAUAGACAGAGCUAGCCACACCAGUAAGCUCAACCCAGGGACACCUCUGCCCUCCGCUCUCCAUGCAUGUGCCUCUGGAGAAGAAGUCUUGGCCCAGUACUUACAGCAGCAGCACCCUAGAGUCUUAAGUUCAUCACAUCUGCUGCUGACUCCCUGCAAAAUGGCUCCUCCAUACCCACACUUCUUCUCAAGCUUCAGUCAGAAAGGGCUGGCCAUGGACGGUCCCCCCAAGGGCACAGCAGUACAGAGCAUCCCUGUGUUUGGGGCCUUGCGUUCAACUUCAUCCUUGCACCGGACCCUGAGAGACUUGGCUGAAGAGCUCAGCAGACUUGACCUGCGGCGCUGGUCUAGCUUCAUGGACGCUGGGGUGGAGCAGGAUGACAUGGAAGAGCUGCUGCAGGAGUUAUACAGCCUGGCCCAGUGUUACCAGGAGGGUGACAGUCUUUCGAACUGAAGUCCAGGGGAGGGUACCGGGGAGAUAAUUUAUAAUAAAAGCUGCCGUGCAGGAACCCAGUGUAUAGGGACCUGUUACAUGA